AUGGAUGAAAACAAGUUACAUUGUAGGAAGAUUGGAACAUCAUCUCAAAGUAAUGAAUUUAUCAAAACACCAUCACUUCUAACAAAAGGAAAUGGUGGUAAAGUAUCUUUUUCACAACGGGUUUUUAAUUUUAAGAAUAGUAUUAAAAAUUCAGAAAAAGAAAGGAUGGUAAAUUCUGUUACUGAUGGUAAUUUAAAACAAAAAUCAAGAGGUUUUGGUAGUCCAUUUUCAAGAAAAAAAAAUAAGAUGUAUAAUUCAAUGAAUGAUGGUAAUGAAAAAGAAAUAAAGAAUACUAAAUUUUAUUCUAUGGAUGCUAUUAAUGAGGGAACCUGGGAGAGUGAUCCUAAUUUUUUGAUUGAACAACUUAUUUCUAUUAGUGAGGAAACACCAAUUGUUGCAAGAAGUAUUCCAAAAGGAGCACCAAUAGUUGAUAGUAAUUUUGAGGAAAAAUCACGUAGAAAUUGUUUAUUUGAACCAGAAAUUUAUGAUAAAAUGUUGGCUGAUUCAUUGAAAGCAUGUGAUUUACUUAAAGAUCAUCUUAAUGAUUGUGUUGGAACAAUACGUGGAAUGUCACCACAAAGAACAUUAACAAAUAGUACAUACUCUAAAAGUCCAGUAUCCAGUGAUAUUCAUUCAGAACUUAGUUCAAAUUCCUCAAAAUUAUACUAA